AUGACUUUGAUCGAACAACUGACACCGCCUCGAGAACUCACUCGAGCUGAACGCCAAUCUAUUUUUCAACACGUCUACAGGCGACUAGCAGCAAACAGGAAUAAAGCUACACUCUACGCUGAGGCCGAGUUCCAAUCCUCGUCUCUUCCACAAGUCACAAAACAGCAAAUAAAAGAUGAAUUCAACGAUGAAGUGGCGAAAUGGGCUCGAGAUCUACUGGAAAAGGCAUGGAUAGCUUGUGGCGAACCUGAAGAAGGUGGAUGCACACACCUCGAUACGGUUGCUGAUACCUCGAUGAGAGAUUUGCCUCCCCUUCCCCCCGAGAAUGAGCUCGUCAGAGUCAUCAAUACAAUUCUUUUUCUGCAUGUCACUACCACCAAACAAUACUCUGCACGUACUCGGUGUUUCUUGUCGUCCUUCGGUCCAUUGAACGAGGAAGCGGUCGUUUCAGCAUUGAAGAACCCAGAAGGUGCGAUUGAGCAGGCACAACGCCAGGCUCGUGAAACCACCGAAGAACAUGCAAACAGAGGAAAAACUCUGCGUAUGAUUGGAAUGGGCGUGGGUGCAAUAGCAGGAGGAGUGUUGGUAGGGGUAACGGGAGGCCUCGCAGCUCCCCUCGUAGGUAGUGCUGCUGCUACCGUGCUAGCAUGGUUAGGUGUCGGUGGAACUGCAGCUGGUUUGUUGGCAAGCGGAUUGGCAGGAUCUUCGGCUGUCUGUGGUGCAUUGUUCGGAAUCUAUGGUGCCAAGUCUACUGCCAAUAUGGUUCAGAGGCAUACUCGAGAAGUUCGGGAUCUCGCAUUUAUCCCGGUAUCAACCCAAGAUGAGUCGGAUACAUUGGGACUUCGUCUUUGCGUGAGUGGAUGGUUGUCCGAGGAGGAAGAAGUGACUGCUCCCUGGACUAUCUUCGAAGGGGACGAUACCUUUGCACUGCGUUGGGAAGUACAAGCUCUCAGAGAGCUCUCGGAUGCACUGUUCAGCUUGAUCAAGACACAUGUCAUGAAAUAUGUCUCGUCAGAAGUCAUCAAGCGUACUGUACUCGCCUCCCUAAUGGCCUCUCUGACCCCUCUUGCUUGGCUCAAAAUUGGCCAGAUCAUAGAUAAUCCGUGGUCGAAUGCUAAAGCCUUGGCUGUCAAAACAGGUGCAGUCCUCGGCGAGCUCUUGGCCAAACGAGUUUUUGGCAACCGCCCUGUUUCGUUGAUGGGGUAUUCCCUUGGAUCUCUCGUGAUAUUUGAGGCUCUCAAAUAUCUCGCUUCACUGUCGUCCUCAGAGACAGGUCAUCUAAUACAAGAUGUAUUCUUAUUUGGCACACCCGCGACUGUGAAUGAAGAAGCCUGGUCGAGUGUCAGAAGGCUCGUAGCAGGAAGGAUCGUCAAUGGAUAUUCUGACAACGACUAUGUGCUGGGUGUUCUAUCACGAGCAUCGUCUGCUAAUUGGAAAGUAGCGGGGCUUGAGCCUAUAGAUGUGACGGGUGUGGAAAGUGUCCAUAUUCGCGAGGUCGAUGGGCACACGAAGUGGAGAGGUCUCAUAGGAAAGGCGUUGAAGUCAUGCGGUGCUCCCGGAAUCAUGAAUGAAGCGGUAGAACAGCAGCUUGAGGACAUAGCGCGAUUCAUGGAAGGGGAUGAAAAUAACGGUAUGAGCAAGGACGACGUGGAAGGUUUCGUACAGAAGGAGGAGUUGGACGAGAAGUCAUAA